CUUACUCCCACUUUCUCAGUAUCAUCACACUGCACUCCCACCUGUCUCUUCCUAUAUAAUUCCCUCAUCUUUCCUCAUCCUGAUCCAAACCCCCUAGAAGCAUGCCGUGCGGCGCAGUGAAGUCCUUUCUGGUGAGCCUGUCUCGGAGGAAGCCCCUGGAGCCUGAGGGGGAGCAGUCCACGUUUAACCGAUGCCUGACCACUCUGGACUUGGUGGCCCUCGGUGUGGGCAGCACCCUGGGAGCCGGGGUCUACGUCCUGUCUGGAGAGGUGGCCAGAGACACUGCAGGGCCCAGCAUCAUCGUCUCCUUCUUCAUCGCUGCUCUGGCCUCUAUAUUUGCCGGGCUGUGCUAUGCAGAGUUUGGGUCCCGGGUUCCCAAAACAGGAUCAGCAUACCUUUACAGCUAUGUGACUGUUGGAGAGCUGCUGGCUUUUAUCACUGGCUGGAAUCUGUUGCUCUCCUACGUCAUAGGCACAUCCAGUGUUGCGUUGGCGUGGAGUGGGACAUUUGAUGACCUCAUAGGGGGCGUCAUAUCAAAAUACUUAGAAGAAAAUGCAGCCAUGGGCCUACCUGGUUUGGCACCUUACCCAGAUGUCUUUGCUGCAGCUCUCAUCUUUAUACUGUCAGGUCUGCUGGCUUUUGGAGUGAAAGAGUCAACAACAAUCAACAAGGUCUUCACAGCAAUCAACAUCCUGGUGCUGCUGUUUGUGACCAUCUCUGGGUUCAUCAAGGGAGACAUCUCAAACUGGCAAAUCAGUGAAGAGGCUCUGCUUGACGCCACGGCCGAACUCAAAAACCUGAGCUCUACUGCCAAUAUAACAAGUGUGUAUGGAACGGGUGGCUUUUUCCCUUAUGGCUUCAGUGGAACCCUGGCUGGAGCUGCGACGUGUUUCUAUGCUUUUGUUGGAUUUGACUGCAUCGCUACAACGGGUGAGGAGGUGAAGAACCCUCAGAAGUCUGUACCUGUGGGCAUCGUGGCCUCACUACUCAUCUGUUUCGUGGCGUACUUUGCCGUGUCUGCUGCUCUCACCCUGAUGAUGCCCUACUACAUGCUCAGUGAGAAAAGCCCCCUGCCAGUGGCCUUUGACUACGUCGGCUGGGGUCCUGCCAGAUAUGCCGUGGCUGUGGGGUCGCUUUGUGCCCUGUCCACCAGCCUGCUGGGUUCCAUGUUCCCGAUGCCCAGGGUGAUGUUCGCCAUGGCAAGAGAUGGCUUGCUUUUCCAACCCCUGACCAAAGUCACCGCUAAAGGCAGCCCUGCUAUUGCUACAAUUACAUCUGGAGUUGUGGCAGCCAUCAUGGCCCUGCUGUUUGACCUGGAAGCCUUGGUGGAAAUGAUGUCCAUCGGCACUCUGUUUGCUUACACACUCGUGGCCAUAUGCAUCCUAAUACUGAGGUACCAGCCGAGUCCAUCAGAAGAAUCAGAUCUGCAGAUCAUAGAAUCAAACACCAAAUUUGGUUUCCUGAACCCUCCGUCAACGCCCAACUCAUCCACCUCACAGACAGUCACAAUCUUGACUAUCACCUCUGUUGCAUGUGUGGUUGGACUGUGCAUCACCUUGACUCAAGCCAUUGAUGCUCUGUCCCGUAUGGAAGCAUGGAGUGUGGCGCUUGUCUGCAUCUUUGUCUGCAUCCUGCUGGUCCACCUUUUCCUCAUCUGGAGGCACCCACAGAAUCCCACCAAGGCAUCUUUUAUGGUGCCUUUACUCCCUGCUCUGCCUUUAGUGAGCACACUCAUCAAUGUCUACCUGAUGGUGCAGUUAGGCGCAGACACUUGGUUAAGAUAUGCUAUCUGGAUGUUAGUGGGGUUACUCAUCUACUUUUUCUACGGGGUUUGGAACAGUGUUCAGAGGAAGCGUCUCAGGAACAACCAGAUGAGUGUUGAAACCAUCAGCAGCAAAAUGGACAAUACAUCCAAAACAUACAUUGAUAAAGAAGAAAAAUUCUGAGCUUGUUUUGGAGCGGAGAGACACUGAUUCAGAUGUUACAGUGAGUAACUGCUUUGAGUUUGUAACUGAUGUUUUAUAUGCACCGGUGCUGAUCUGUUUCUGCAGUGUUCAGUUCUCAGUGUCUGAGAGUGUCAGGGUGACAGGGGCACAGUGCAGGCACAUGGACAGACGGGCCAAUCUGUUUUAUAAGUUUUAUUUCAUACUGACAUUUAUUAUAUGUUGAUGGAGUUUGUAAUUUAUCAUAUUUUUAUUGCCAUUAUUGAAAUGCUGCCUGACAUAUUUUUGGACUUUCCAGAUGUUCAAGGCGCAAAGAACAGGGAAUGCAGACAUUUCAUAAAGAUGUGUGUACAGGAAUCGUUACAGAUCUGUGAGCACACUUUUAAAAAUUUGAACUCCACUCCCUGCUCAUUUUCAUGUCAUUAUUAAUCACAUUUACCUGUAUAUUCUGUAUGAAUGUCAGAGCCAUGUCCCGGGGCUGCUAAAUCUACUAUAAGAGAAGUUCCUACGCCCAUAUUUAAAAAGAAAAAGAAAAAAAGGGCUAAAACAAGUUCCCGUAGAUAAUUACACUUUUAUUACACCUAAAUAACAAGUUUACACUUUUUAAAUCAAUUGUAAAAUGUGAAAAUUUAUUGCAAUUUUAUACAAUUUUAUGAUUUUAGAGAACGAGAAAUGUUUUUUUUUUUUAUAAAUAUAAAUUUAUAGUGUUAGACUGAAGAAUAUGUACAAUGUAGAUACAGAAAACCUUUUGUGAAGUGUCAUAUUUUUUGUUCUUGUCCUGUUUAAAGAUUCACUUUAUUAAUUGUUUGUUGUUUAAAAUUGUAAAUAUAAAAAAACAAAAACUGUACAUGUUUUCUAAUUGCAUGUUGUAAAUGUAUUCCUUAAUUAAAAAGAAAUAAUCCUGUUUU